UGCGACGGUUUAUUUACAUAAAACAAUACAAAUAUUGUGCGAGAAUAUGAAAAACAAUAAACACUUAUCUUUCUAAUUAACGAAGGUUAAUUUCAGUAACACGCUCAGUGCGGGAUGAAAUCGAGGGUGCCCCCUGGAAAAAGUUGGGACUGUCCCAGCUGCCCAAAAAGUUUCCCUUGUAAGUCCAGGCUGGCCAAACACGUCGUCACACAUGAUCCAAAUGCUCAAGUUAAAUGCGGGAUUUGCGGAAAAGCGUUAAAAAAUAGUUUAACCCUCAUUUGCCAUAUGAGUUUUGUUCACAGCAAACGCAAGCACUCUUGUCAAACUUGUCACCGGAAAUUUGUACUACCGUCAGAUUUACGAAACCAUGCUGCUGUUCAUAGCACGUCGCGUAUCCGGCAUCCAUGCACUUUUCCAGGAUGCGGAAAAUCAUUCCUGGCCAAGUACAAUGUACUGACACAUUUUAAACGGGAACAUGACCCGAAUGCGGCCCGAUUUCCGUGCCAACUCUGCGGCAGAGAAUUUAAACGGAAGGAGCACAUGGAACAUCAUAUUUCCACUCAUACGACGGAGAAGCUACAUAAAUGUGCACACUGUGAGAAAAGUUUUGUACAAAGUGGGGCCCGAAAAAUACAUGAGAAAACCCAUCGAGAUCCGACCAGCCGUGAAGUAUUUACAUGUCACCUUUGCCCCCAGACAUUUCUUUACACCAGAAGCUUGUCAGGUCAUGUCAAAAGUGUGCAUGGAAAGGACAGGAAUUAUCAAUGCAAAUUUUGUAAUAGGAAAUUUUCACAAAAAAGUUGUAUGAGAACUCAUAUCGAUGCGCAACACACAUCAAGUGAGGAUCCUCGCUAUUCUUGUGGAUCCUGUGAGUAUAAAACUGAUUAUAAAGGUAAUUUCGACCAACACAAGCGAAAGCAUGAGAUUGAUAGGAAAAAUCAAUCGUGUUAUUUCUGUGGAAAAACGUUCACCACAUUUUACGGAUUGGCUAGACACUGUCGUCAAUUUCAUACACGGGAAAAGUUAUAAAUAUGCCUGUACAUUUUAGAAUAGAAUUACAAUGAUAUUUUGUAACCUUGUACUUUUUUUUAUGGUUGAUAUGGAAUAUUUUAUCGUUGCUAAUGAAUUAUUUAUGGCUGUUCUUUUAACGUUGCAGAAAUAAAUAAAUUCC